UAUACAAGAAUUUCAAUGAAAACUCAACAGAUGUUUUUGAGAACACUUCAUUCUAGGCACUCGAAGACUUCACGCCAUAUAAACUUCAUUUCCCGAUAAGCCAGCCGCCGGAAAUGUCGUUGGAGCGGAAGUGGUCUGAAUGAUGUUUGCUCGUGCCGAUGAGACAGCUGGAGAUUUUCCUGUGAAAGACAUCACCGUCAACCCAAAUGGAGCAGGCACAUUGCCUGAGGCCCUGCUGUCUCAGAAUGUCAGAGAGAGGCAGAAUGUGUCCAAGUUCAGCAGGGAGGAGCUGGAGGACAAAUUUCUACGGCUGCAGGAAGAAAACCUCACACUUAAGCAACAUACAUGCAAACAAGAAGACAAGAUCCGCAGGAUGGCCACCAAGCUGAUCCGUCUGGUGAAGGACCGUAAGCAGAGCGAGGGCGGGCGAGAUGUUGAGAUGGAGGAGGUGAUGGAGGAGCUGCAGGAGAAGGUUCAGGAGCUGGAGAAACAGAACGAAGGGCUCAGACGGCGUCUGUUGGCAGCCAAACAGCAGCUUCAGGUUCAGAACCGCCGGCACGCUCCCUACGGCCACGUCCAGCCCCGCAUCAACUCCGGCCUGCGCAGACUCCGAGACGUCGUGCCCAUCACAGCCUCACGACCUCACACUCCCAGAGCAGGUAUCAGGCAUGUUGAGGGAGACAUGAGUGCAAAACCACCCCAAGGUCUGUUGCCCCGCUACGGACACAGUCUGCUGGACGAGGCCCGCGCCGAAAUCCGCAACCUAGAGAAUGUGAUCGAGAGCCAGCACGCUCAGCUGGAGGAGACGGAGAGAUCAGCAGAGACGCUGAGAGAUCAGCUGAGGAGGAAAGAGAGAGAGUUUGAGGAAUCACUCCUCCAGAUGAGAGAGCAUCAGGCCAGCGGACAGAGGUUAACGAUAAAGGACAACGUGGAGAUGAUCAAACUGCAGAAGCUGCUGUCUGAGAAAGCUAACACACUCACAGUGCUGGAGGGCAGAUUUCUACAGCAACAGGAGAGUAUGAAGACUCUGAAGGCCAGUCAUGAUGCAGCUCUGGUGAAGGUGGACGAAGUGAGCCGACAGCUAAAGGAGGAGAGACUGAAGAGUUUACAGCUGGAGACACAAAUUCAGACCAAAGCUCUGGACCAGAGACACGCACAAGAGUUACAAGAGAGGGUCCAAGAUUUGGAGAAGGAGAGAGACUUGCUUAAGGAAAACUGUGAUAAAUUAGUGAAAAGUGCAUUCGAUGUGAGUCAGGAGCAGAAAUGGAAGACGAGAGAACAGCAGCUCAAGCUACAGGUGGCCCAGCUGGAGACGGCCUUAAAAUCCGACCUCGCUGAUAAAAACCAGAUCCUGGAUAAAAUCAAGGCAGAGAGAGAUUCGUAUGAAAAGCUGAUGCAAGAAAACAAGGAAGUUCAGCUGCGUUACCUCGAGCAGAAACAACAACUGGAUGAAAUUAAAGAGCGCAUGAAGUUCUUUACUAAGGAAAGUGAAAUAGAUGCAGCUGAACUCAGUGAAGCCCUGAUGCUUAUAAAGGUUCGGAGGAGUCAGAAGAGUGGAGAGCUUGGAUUUCUGGAGAAGGUGGAGGAAGAUGUAAAAGUGGACGUGGAGCGAUCUUUGAGGGAAUUGCAGGCCACUCAUGCUGAGACCAUCCAAGAGCUGGAGAAGACCAGGAACAUGCUCAUCAUUCAACACAAGAUCAAUAAAGACUAUCAGGCUGAGGUUGAAGCUGUCAACCGUGUGAUGGAAGAUCUGAAACUUGAACAAGAACUGAAGUCAGAGAAGCUGGCUCAGCUUCUAGACGUGAGAGCUGCCAAGAUAAAGAAACUGGAAGCCCAGCUGAAGGACAUUGCAUACGGAACCAAGACCCAUGUGUUCAGACCUGAUGUGACCAGCGAUGACAUUACAGAUGACUUUGAUGAAACCCUCCACUUGGCUCGAGGCGAGAACCUUCUGGAAAUUCACUUGGAGAGAGCGCAGUUCUCUUCUGAAGCUGCAGAAUGUCUAAAGGACAAAGAUCCAUGCACCUUCUGCACAUACGCCUUCUAUGACUUUGAGCUGCAGUCCACGGCUGUGGUUCGAGGCGCCCGUCCCACGUACAGCCUCACGUCUCAGUAUCUCGUUAGGGUGGACGACCUCUUCUUGAACUAUCUCCACACCAGCUCCGUUACUGUGGAGGUUCAGCUCGCUGAGGGCUUGAGUUUUCGCACGGUGGCUGCUGGUCAGCUCAGGUUAAAUCAGUUGCUGGAACGAAAUGGGAAGGUGUUUGGCACCAUUCAGUUAGUUGGUUUAACAGAUGAGAUCCAGGUGUUUGGUACUCUAGAGUACUGGCUCAAACUCAGGGUUCCUAUGGAACAAGCCAUUCGCCUUUAUAAGGAGCGAGUCAAAGCACUCGGUUACCUCAGCACAAGCAUGAGGGACAGCCAGAUUUCUUCAGUUCCGGUCUCCAGUUCCUCAUCACCGAUGGUCGGUGAUCUAAAUGAACUGAACGUCACCAUACACUCCUGCAUUGGUCUGAGAUCCAGAGGACUUCACACCCAACCUUGCCCCUACAUCGUCUAUAAACUCUACCAUUUCCCUGACCAUGAUACACCAAUCAUAUCCUCCACCAACGAGCCGCAGUUUGAAGAUCACAUGGUCUUCCCGGUGUCCAUGAACUCUGACCUCGAUGCAUUCCUGAAGUCUGAGGCUCUGGUGUUGUAUGUGUUUGAUGAUUUGGAUGUUGAGAACCGGCUGUAUCUGGGGAAGGCCCAAGUACCGCUCAUCUCACUGGCUCACGAUAAAAGCAUCACUGGUAUGUUUGAGCUCACAGACCCUAAGGGACAUCCAAGUGGCCAAAUCAAUGUAACUUUGAAAUGGAAGUUCGUGUACCUCCCUCCAGCAUCCUCGGCUGUCACCACGCAACAGAUGGAGAUCACCGGCAGAACCACACCGGAGAGACAGAUGUCUCAAGACAAGGAGAAACAACCGAUGACCAAAGACCCUCCACUAAUACCUCAGCCCAUUAUCUCUGAGACUCCAAUGCCCAAACCCAGACAGCGGACUCUACCAAAAUCAAUUACUAAAAGAGUUUCUUUCGUGGACGUUACAGAGCUUGAAAAACAGAUGGAGCAGACUUCAGUCUCUGAUAAUGAAGAGCCGUCAUCAUCUGCGAUCCCCACACCAAAGACCGUCAUUGUGAUGGAAGCAGGAGAGGCCACGGCAAUCAGUGAGGAAGAGGAUGAGGAGGAGUCUCAUUUCUCCGAGGGUCAGGUGAUCUCCGCCAGCUCUCAGUCUGAUGAGUCUGAGAUUUCUGAGGAGCUGCAAGAACCGCCAGCAGAUGCUCAGGGUGAGGACGAUGAUAGCGAUGACUGCAUCGUUCCAGCUCAGAGCUCACAGCAGAAAAAACAGCCGUCCGAGUGCAUUCGUGUGGAGAUCGUUUCUCUGAGUCUGAAGCCGGGCUCAAGAGUGGCGGAAGACGAUGGUAUCGUCCGAUUGUUUGUGGAGUACUGUUUCCUAGGCCUGCCAUCAGUUGAGACCCCGCUGUCCCUCAAGAAACCUCUGUCUGGACACAGCGUCUCCUACAACUUCAGCAAUGUGAUCCACGUGGAUAAAGAGAGUAACCAGCCCAGAAGGCAAACUCUGAGGGCAGUGCUGGAGGGUCGGAACAAACAUCUAGAGCAUAUAAAGUUCACGGUGGUGAGCGACCCUCCUGAAGAGGAGGAGCAGGAUGAGGAGUGUGAGGAUGUGGGCGUGGCAUACCUGCGUAUCCUCGAUAUCAUGGAGACAUGCAGAGACAUGAAGGACGUCAGCCUCAACAUUGUGGACGUUCAGGACAGCAGUGAAGUUGUUGGUCAUCUAGUUGUGACCGUCGAAGCUCUGGAAGCUCUAACAUCCAUCAUGAAAGAUCCAGAGCGUGAUCAUCCUCUAACUACGCUUGCUUAAUUUACCAAAACCAAUAUUAAAUGUCCCCUAAAUCAUUUUUGUUUUUAAUUAGAUUCACUAAACGAAGUGAAAUGUAAUGCACGGGGGCGGUCGGUUUGGUUUUAAACGCUACAGACGGCGACAACAUAUGGGAACAAAACAGACCUUUAUGUAAGCGCCAUCACACGGCUUUGAUCCCUUACGGUGUGAAAUCAUAUCCUAAUGUUUCUCUUUAUGGCCUCCAGUGUUGCGUUUGAUGGAGCGCUGAUGUUUAGACCUUUAAUAACUUUGCUUAAUGAAAAGGCUGUUAAGCCUCAUUAGGCAGCGCUGUGGCAGGCGGCGAUAUUUUAUUGAAGGUGCGAAAUGAAAUCUAACUGGAUUUAAUGGGAUUAAAUCAAGCUCUUUAAAAUGCUAAUGCAGAUUUUCACGCGUGUCGAGCCGCGGCGCUCGCGCAGACGCUCCUUCUGUUUUGCUGCGCGCGAUUGAGUGUGAAAUGUUACUGUUAUCUGCUCUGCAGAUCGUUUGAUAUUUCUGUAUGGGUACAAUUCGGAUUUAGUAUCUUUUGUAGAGAUAUAGACGCUUUAUUUUGAAAGCACCGCAAAGCUUUGUAGACGGCCCUGUAAAAUGAUAUUUGUAAAUGUUUUAUAUUUAUGAACGUUUCAGAGUAAUGUAUUAAAGAGUUUUAGUGUUACUUUA